AUGACGGCAAAAGCAAAAGAGCUUGCCACGGCUGUCAUCCACUGGCUUUCCGAAUUCCCCAAUUCCCCGAUCCAAGCAGCCACCGAAUGGUCGCUUCUAACAGACCCAAUCACUAUAUUCGCCAUCUUUAGUUUUUUUAGUAUGAUUGAAGCCCCAGAUAGGUGCCAUAAAUACCAUAACCACGAACGCGACGGAGGCGACGACAACGACGACGACGACGACGACGAUGGCAUUGAAUCGCUCCAGCUUCCAUAUACAGUGCAGGUUCUAUUUUCUACAAAGUACUCAUUUAUGUCUGACAUCAGCAGCAUCAAUGUCGAGCUCCACUUGAUGCAGCAAAUUGAAAGACUAGACUUUAUCUUGCACAACCACUUGCGCCGCAAGUUGGAUAUGAACUUGACUCCGCAUUUGAAUUUUUACAAAUUAGUGUUGUUGCGGGAUGCGGCCGAGUUGAAGCAUCUAUGCCAAUUAUUGCUAAUUAUCGGCACCCACACUUCGAAAGAAGCUGCAUAUGGGCAAUCUUAUAUUGAAUUUUUGAGUGAGGAAGACAGAGCCGCUAUUCAGAGGGACGAGAUUAGCCGAUUCAUCAGGUCUAAUAGACAAGACACGCAACUCAACAGAGUCAGUGCAACAGUGGAGUUCGAUGAGUGUGGUGGCAAAUCUCGCAGUGAUCACCACCACCGCGAGGAUGACGACGACAACGACAACUAUACAAGCGAAGAGGGGUCCUCGUCCUAUUUCAUUUCAGAGGACGUCUAUAAAACUAUGAAAUGGGAGAAUGCAUUGCUUGGACAAGUCCUUGGUAGACUAGCUUUCAAAUCGGAUAAAUGA